AGUGACUGUUCGAGCCACAUAGGAAACUGCACCAGCUCUGACAGAGAAAUGGGGACACCUUGGUUUGUGUGGCUCACUCUCCUCCUUUUCUACAAAGCCGGAUCCUCCAGAGCAGAGGCAGGCGUGAUGGAGCUGAGCCGGAUUCUGGGGGACUCCGUCACUUUCCCUCUGGGGAGCCCAGCAGAGGAAGUUACAGCUGCUACCUGGACAGUAAACACAACGAGGAGUAUAGUAACUGUAGCAGCAGGAAACCCCCCCCAUGUCAUUGUGUUAGACCCAUCCUACAAGGGACGCCUGAGAGUCCCCGAGAACUACUCGCUUCAGAUCACCAACCUGAGGAUGGAGGACACGGGCACCUACAGAGCUCAAAUCACCACAGCUACAGACAUCAUCCCCAGACCCUUCCUGCUGCGCGUGUACAAGCCAGUACUGGAGCCAACUGUCCUCUGUGACUCAGUGACCUGUGUGAGUGAAACCUGUAGCUACAACCUGAGCUGCACUGUCAGGGAUGGAGGGGAGCAUGUGACCUACAGCUGGACUCACACAGCAGUGGGCGCUGUUGUACCCGAUGAGUCCAUUCUGCACAUCUCUCGGAGCCCCCGUGAUGCUCACCUGAAUGUCACCUGCACAGCCCAGAACCCCGCCAGUAACAGCUCCACAACGGCCUCUGGAAAGGACCUUUGUGCAGCACCCACAACAACCACCACCACUGAAAAACCACUUGUGUCCCAAUCUGCCAGUACGGCUGGAAUUGCAGUUCCAAUUGUUAUUGUCAUCGUCGGCCUUCUCAUCAUUGCUCUGUGCUUGGUGCGCACACACAAGCGCAAAAGAGACUCGCAAAAGUACACUCCAGGACCUGCUGGCAGCGCAGAGGCCGAUGCAGAAAAAAACACGGUUUACGCCCAAGUCGGCAAUUUGCCACUGCCUCACAGUAGAACCAGGACUCCGAAAGCAAGCCCGGAGACCAAGAAGAAUGAGACAAAAACUAUCUAUUCCAAGGUCCAUUACCCAAACCAGUCGCCUCCGCAAACGGAUGAUGAGAAGCUGUGCAAGGACGGCCUGGAGUCCACGGAGAAGAGCGAGAAAACCAUUUAUGCCACAGUCAACGAGCCAACCCAGACAAAGACCGCCAAGUCCACAGAUGCUGAUGAUUCUGCGGCCACUCCAAAACCUCAAGGGACAACAGAAUACGACAAGAUCAUCUAAUAGCUUGUCAAGGCAACACAAACAUGCAGCGAGAAACAAGGAAUAAUUCAGUACUCCAGGAUCAGACACCCAAACAGCAGAGGAUCAAUGCGUAUAAUUUGUACAGCGCCAUGCACAAUAGGGUCCUUGUCCCUGACUGGGCUCCCAUCCGCUACUGCAAUUGUAAUUUGGACAGACCCCGGUCCUUGGCGGGUGGGAUCGAACCGGGGACCUCUGGAGCUUAAAACAUGAGCCUCAUGAACUAAAAGCCAACUGCCUGUUAGCUAAGGCUACAGAGCAGACUCAUUAACGGUUCUCUCUCUAAGUGGUCUCGGUGCCGCUAGAUGGGACAGACCACACCCAGUCGGUGUGUGGUUACACAAUGCAAAUCAAAACAACAAACAAGGCAUCUAGAGUGAAAUUCACCUCUGUGCUUGCCCCUUACCCAAGAGCUUUGCCCCCUUAAAACACUCUUCAUCCUUAAGGCUGGGGUAAAGUAUCUCUAGACCUUGGUGACAAACACAGUAUCAAAACUCGGUAUUAGUGUACAUAGCUCAGGGGCAUAAUCUUUUUUGCUGCUGAAGUUUCUAGGUCCCCCCACCAAGGGAAAAAAAUGAAGUCUUGAUUCUCUGUUACAUUAAGGCCCCUUGACGGUGCUCUGGCAGUGUUCAGACGCCUUAAAAAGUAGCUACCCCCCACUUUCAGGUAACUGGAACCUGUCAGGCCUGUGUAAAAUGAUCUGCAACGCGGUGAGACCUGGGCCCUAAGUAUCUAUAACUUGGGCAAAUCCAAAGCACUUUUCUUUCACUGGAUGGCAUCUCUCGUUGCCCAGCGACACGCCAAUGAUCCGCUCCAAACAGCCAGCGCUGGUCAAACAAAUAAAUGAUCAAGUUUACUCCCGCCCUACCUCAUAUCCUCCUAUUCAAAAAUGAAGGAACUUUUUUUGCACAGGGAUUCCAUAUAAACAUGCCUCAGCAGGCAGAGAGUAGCCCCGGAAAAAUUUCAGUCUUGAGGGGUAAGCAGUGGUGUCACAGCCGUGUCGGUUCCAGGAUAUUACAGAGACAAGGUGGGUCAGGUCAUAUCUUGAAGGGGAACAUUUAGGAACAUUGAGGCGGAUUCGGUGGGAACCUCCUCAUUCCCCUGCACACUCCAGCUAUAACAAAGGGGAUGAAUUUUACUAACGUGGAAAAGAAAAAAAGUGAAGACGGGAUAAAGCAAAGCAAAUAAAAUGCAAAUCCUACCGGAAAUUUGGAGACGUGCCGUGCCAUGCUCUGCGCCGGUGGGACAUACAACAUGACGGACACGUCUUGUGGAAGGACGUCAGUGGAAAAGUUCAGUUUGAGUCAAAUAAACUGUUUUGUCUCAAUAAAAUCUCAGCGGUUUGGUUUGGUUUUGACUAAUUUCAUUGUUAGAAGAUUUAAAAACGGAGAUUUGGGAACAAAAAGUCAUUGAAAACCGACCAACUUUUGGCCAAACUUUCGAGGCUCAGCCCAAGGCCGGGGCAGGUUCCCCGCAGCCCACUGCCCUUGUUGCAGUCCCGGGGGCAAAGCUUGUUUGAAAAUCUGGGCUCAAGUGGUGGAGCCUGCGGCAGGGCCACAACAUGAACUCGAUUCUUCGGUGUCCCCCUCUGCUGCCUUCCCCACGCGAUCAUCCCGUUCUCCUCCCUUUACGCUACUUCUACCUCCUCCACUUCCAGUUGUUCUCGCCUACUGAGCACUCCCUAUGUACCCGCUCCCCGAUCUUCCCUCCCUACUGGUCCCUCUGCCUCUUCCUCCAUUUAUUUAUUCUGUGUGUUCUCAGUUGUGCCUUCCUCCUGGGGAGACGGAGCCCAGCCACAGACUAGGCGCCGUACGAACACACGCCAAAAGACGGUCCCUGUCCAAAGGGCUUCCAAUCUAACUCUCCGCCAAGAGAGAACAGGCGGACACAGACAGACCAACAGGGAGUUCAAGGAAACAAUAUUGGUCAGCAUCCGGAUAGUCUGGGGUGUCCCAGGCUGCCUCUACACCUGCAACAAUCUCCCACUUUAAACUUCCUACUUUGACUGUAAACUCUUUGGGGGGGGGGGCAAGAUUUGUCUGUUUGUCCUGUGUUUGUACAGCUGCUAACACCAUGGGGUCCUGGACUAUAAUGGUGUACUGUGUAAGGAAACGAUCCAGAGACUUUACAUGAAUGGAUUCUCCACAGACGAGGGAGAUUGGACCAAGUGGGACUCAGCCAAUUUCUUCUACCUGCAACUCCUAUGAGCUACAGCCACACUGGCUAAGCACAUCACAGUAUGUGGAGGACUGUCCCAAAAUGCUCAGCAAAGGAAUAAUUCAUUCGUGUUCCUGAUGCAGAGAAGAACACUUCAGAGGGGGGUGUGUGUGUGUGUGCGCUGUGCGCGUGCGCAUAAUGGACUCCUGACCAUAGAUGGGGUCUCCAGAUAUUGCCACGGUUAUGCAAAUUUUGCAUCCAUGUAAGC